AAUGUCUAUUGUCUGUUGUUAGCUAGCUAAGUUAGCGAGUGUUAGACGAACGGAGGUGAAAUUUGCGGCAGAAUUACUAUUUUCACGCAGGACUCGAUGGUGAUUCUACGGGAGCUGAUGUUCGUUGUUCGUUACUGAAGCUUAGGGGGAAGGUAGUGGUUAGCGAAUUGCUAAGAUAAUCAGAGGUAGUGAACGCCAUGUCUGCGGCUAGCUGGCUAAUAACACUUUCUCUGAGGUGGCCGUUGACCAAAGCGCUGGUCAUAUCACGACUGAGACUCGUUCAGAGGUCAAAUGCUGGUGUGUGCUGCUGAGCGCGUGUGCUCCUGAUGUAAAGGCUUUUAUUAACACACCAUAGGUACCAACAGGUUGUAUAAAUGAGAGAUGGGCUCUGAAACCCCAGAUGGCUUUGGACCAGCUGUGAUCCUCGCCGAGGAAGAUCCACAAGAAAUAGGAGGUCUGAUCAACUCUGAUGGGGAGGAAGUUGUUUUCUCAGAUCUCAGAGAGAGUGCUGUCCCCGGUAUUGGAAUUGCAGAGGCUCCCUCAAAGACAUUUGAUCAGACUGAGAAUGAAAAACCACCGUCUCUUCACAGCUGCUCAGUUUGUGGCAAAGACUUCCCUUAUGCCUCUAAACUUCAGCGCCACCUACGCACUCACUCAGGAGAGAGGCCUUUCCCCUGCUCCAUGUGUGAGAAGAGAUUUCCAGAGAAGGGGCUUCUCAUGAUCCACGAAAGGGUCCACACUGGGGAGAAGCCAUUCCCAUGCACUUUCUGUGAGAAGCGAUUUGCCAGUCAGGGGGAGCUCAGGCUACACCGGCGGACACACACCGGCGAGAGGCCGUAUCACUGCUCCAUCUGUCUGAAGAGCUUUUCUCGUCACUGGCACCUGAAAACACACUUGGAGGCGAUGCACUCUGAGGUUGUUGCUGGCUUUACGAGGAAGAAGUUUCCGUGUUCGGACUGUGAUAAGAGCUGUAAUUCAGCAGCCGAGCUGAGAGAUCAUCAGAGGACUCACACUGGAGAGAGGCCCUACCAGUGCUCUUUCUGUGACAAACGGUUUGCCUUGUCGGGAACUCUUGUGAGACACGAGCGUCUCCAUACUGGCAUUACACCCUACCACUGCUCUGACUGUGGGAAGACAUUUGCACAGCAGUGGACGCUGACAACACACAUGCGGACUCACACAGGAGAAAAACCUUACAGCUGCACACAGUGCGAUAAGUCUUUUGUUGCUCCAGGAGAGCUUCGGAGACACACCAGGAUUCACACCGGAGAAAAGCCGUACACCUGCACGGACUGUGGGAGGCACUUCUCACUGGCAGGAACUCUCAGAAACCACAAACGUUCAUGUGCACAGAACAAAAAUGGAUCAACUACAGGUGUCAUUUUGGGCCCAGUUCAGGCUCCAGUUGGUGAAUCAUCCCAGCAAGACCUGAGCAACAACAUCAGCUCUGAGGUGUCUGGGAGACAGAGUUUACCCAUUUCAGUUGAGCCCAGUUCUUCAGAGGGUCUUAACUGUGAAAAAGCAGCUCAGUACGGGAAUAACCAGAGAGAACCAGAAGACCGGCAGGAGGACGCUGCCUCCAGUCCACAAAUGAAUGUAAUAGUGAAAGAGGAGGAAGAAGAGGAACCUUUGUGUGUAGAAGAAGCUCUUGACCAGGUGUCUGGGAGUGAGGAUUGUGCCAUGCCAGAGGAAACUGAAGAGCAGCAGCAGGAAAGCAACACGGAAAUUAGGAUUACAGUAAAGGAGGAAGAAGAGGAACUUGUCAACAUGUCUGGAGAGGAUCCUGAUUGUGUCGCUGACAGUGAAAAAGACAGUCCUCCAUUAUCACCAGCACAGGAACAGUUGAACAACAAUCUGACAAAGAGCUCUUACUGCUGCGGGCUCUGUGGAAGAGACUGUCACAAGAUGUCCGCGCUGCAAAUCCACAUGCGAAUUCACUCGGGAGAGAAACCUUAUCAAUGCAGUCUGUGUGGGAAGCAGUUCACUCAGAAGGGUCAACUCAAAGGUCACCAGAAAGUCCACACAGGAGAGAAACCGUUCUCCUGCCCGGACUGCGGGAAGAGCUUCGCCCACUCGGGGGCCAUGAACAGACACCGGCUCACACACACAGGAGAGAGGCCCUACCACUGCUCCGUGUGCGACAGAAGCUUCAACCAGUCCGGCCGCUUAAGGGAACAUGAGAAAAUCCACUUCGGGGAGAAGUUUGACUGCCCCGAGUGUGAAAAGAGUUUCACGCGAGCUUCGAGCCUCAAGAACCAUUUCAGGCUUCACACGGGAGAGAGGCCGUACGGCUGCGACAUCUGCGGGAGAGGAUUCAGCCGCUCACAAAGCCUGAGGCUCCACAAACGAAAACAUGAGCUGAUUCGGACUGAGGAGGACUCUGCGUUCAAUGUGAAGAAUGAUGAAUUCUCACAGAGUGACGAUAACUCUCCCAUUAAUAUGUGUAUAACAGACAAAAACGACUUAUAAUGUAUUUAUAUAAACUAUACAGCAUACAUGCCAGUAGUGCUACUACAGUACGGGAUUUUAGGCAGUAGAAGAUGAACUGAAAGAGGAGAAGUAAGUGACUACCUCUGUGAAUAGACCGUUAUUAAACCUUUAUGUGGUGGUGCAGCCAACAAGUAUUAAAGCUAAAAUAUUUAACCCCCAGAAAGGUCCAGACAAAUUAAUAAACAGACACAAACCAGUUGAUGUUCAGCAACUAGCAACAAAGUUUCAGACAAAACGACUAAACAAAUAUUUACUACAAACACAACUUUUGUAUAAUCUUGGAAACUGUUUAGAUGAUAAAUUUUAGAGGUCAUAUUUGCUCUCGUUUAUCACUCUUACCUAUGUUAUUUGCAAUGGAAUCAUCGUAUUUAUGGUCGUACAAAUGAGUCAUUUAAGGUUUGUGAUUUCACUUUGUCCAUGCAGUAUUUUUCAUUCAGACCAAUUGUGUACGUGGAAAUUGGAUCGAAGAGUAAUUAUGUUUUUGUGUCAGAUGUUACGGUGGCCAGUGAGCACUCCAGGAAUCAGGUGAAGCUGGAAUUCAUUCUUUGGGACACGCACCCUGUAAUGAAACAGUGGGAUCGUAAUAUUCGUCAGGUGUUUGCCAAAACCAUUUUGCCUUAGUGGUGAUUCAUUUUUAUCUCUGUUUUGUAUGGCAGUCAUUUAAGAACCAAAUCAUGAAUCAGGCUCACCUGGUUUAAACAGCUCUUUAACCGUUGUGAAUAAAGGAGUCAUCCUCUAAGGCUGUGAUACAAAAGACAAUAAUUUGAGCCCCGUAAGGUGGUAAAUUUUGCCCAGUGCUGCCUCUGUCUAAUUGUAUGGGACAUGUUAUACUGAACAAUAAAA